UUUGACGCAAACCAGCUGAUGCCAUCAUCGGUGAACAUGAGCCAGAGCCCGGCCCACAAGCACCUCCCCCCCCUGCCCUCCCCGGCCAGUAACGGCGGAGGGGGCGUGGCCAGGGGCUUCUUCCCUGAUGAGUCAGAGCCUCUGCUCCGCUGUGACUCCACCUCCAGCAAAGACUCCGCCCUCAGCCGGACGGGCUCCUUCAUUACCAAAGAGAGGAAGGACACCGUGCUACGCCAGGUGCGUCUGGACCCCUGUGACCUCCAGCCGGUGUUUGACGACAUGCUCCACAUCCUGAACCCCCAGGAGCUGCAGGUCAUCGAGGAGAUCCCCGCCGCCGAGGACAAACUGGACCGCCUGUUCGAGAUCGCCGGCACCAAGAGCCAGGAGGCCAGCCAGACCCUGCUGGACUCGGUCUACAGCCACCUCCCUGACCUGCUUUAGACCCGGACCGGGACCUGGAGCCGGUCCACUGGGGAGCAGUGAUUCUGUGAUUAAAGGAACAGUAACAGCUGGCGUUGAUGUGCUUGCUGCCUGUGGCUCUCUGGGCCGCUGACCAACGGAAGGAGGAAGGAGAACUCUUUAUUACCGUCACCUCCUUAUCUAUUCUGCUGAACCCCCCCCCCCCCCCCCAUCGACCGCGCUUAUCUGCUCCUUGAGAAGCUAUCGACACCGGGCGCCAGGCACUUCCGCAUUGUCGCAUCGUACACCGUGCAUAACUGAAGAUCAGGUGACAGACGCAUACUUGAGGAGCUCCAGCGCGUUCCUGCUGAGCUCUUCUCUGAACUCACACAUUUUAAAGAUUCCAUUGCCUUAAUGUUCCGUAAUGGAAUAUCUCAAUGACUCAAUGACUCCGGACCAGGGUUUGGCAGAAGGGUUCUGUGUUCAGGGGAACCUGGAGGUCCACGUCUGGAGAACCUCACAGUCCCCGUCAGUAGACCCUGCCGGUCCACGUCAGGAGAAUGAGUCUACGUCAGGAGAACCCUGAGUCUACGUCAGGAGAACAAUGUGUCCACAUCAGAAGACCCUGCCGGUUCACGUCAGGAGAACCUUACGUCCACGUCAGGAGAACACUGAGUCCACGUCCAAACCAGACAACACUUUGUGGGGGACUAGCCGGACCUCAACCUGAAGGUUAUGUGCCUAAACUUUGAGUUUGGUUUCCCUGGAAUACGAACAGUCCCACCUGUUAUGAGGAGAGGCUAGCUAGCUGGGAGCUGGGCUAAGCGUUAGCUAGGCUUCAACGCUACCAUGCUUGUAGUCCCUCUGACUUAAAACGUUCUCAUGUCUCGAUCAGCUGCUUUGAAACCGAAGCCAUACAAAUGUGACCCCGAACUGAGUCGUUAAGUACCAAUAGAUCUUCAAGGUGGAGCUGUAUGGCUCGGGGUUGGACGCGUUUGGACGUUAGGUUGUAGUACCACAACAGGACUGAAGGGGGCGUAUGUGCUGUUCAACCAAAGGCUCUCAUCUGAAGCACUUUAUAGCCACUGCUUUCCACUUGGACUGCUUUCGUGUUGGCAUCGUGGACAGAACACCCCCACCACUAAUACUACUGCUAGUACUACUACUAAUCCUGCUUCUGCUACUUCUAAUAAUAAUAUUAAUAAUCAUAAUGGUACUGCUCAAUACACCUUUGUGCCACGGCAAUGUAGCGAUGAUAAAGUGUUUUUGGACAUUUGGGAGCCAAGUACUGGAGUUUUUUUAAAGUUAGAAAUGUAAAACAAUCUAUUUCUUUUCCAGCAGUGAAGCAGCGUUGAAAUGUACGCAUAGCGAUGCACUAAUUGUUUUUUUCUUCAAAAACAGAAACGUGUCUAAUCCGUUCGUUUUUUUAAUCUGAAAUGCUGUUAACUGACAUGAUUUGUUGUGUAUUUUUUUGUACAUUCAUGAUUAGUCCCGUUCAGUUCUGUCUUUUGUAGCGCAGCGGUCUCUCCGCUGCAGUGAUGCGUCUCGUCUGUCGUGCUCCAUAGGCAUUAACGUAUAGAGCACGCCCUGGAAACCUCUUUGGGCUGAAGAGGUCCAGGAACUUUCAUGUUCCAGAAAACCCAUGAUUCUUCCACGUUCAGAGAGCAUGCCUGCAGACAGUCCCAUGCCCACGUAGGGUUUAGACUGUACGAACCUCUGGACUGCAUCAAACCUUCAUCAAACCUUAAUCGUACCUUCAUCAAACUGUAGUCAUACCUUAAUAAAACCGUAAUCAUAUCUUCAUCAAAACUUAAUCAAACCUUCAUCAUACCGUCAUCAAACAUCUAUCGUACCUUCAUCGAACCGUAAUCAAACCUCUAUCGUACCUUCAUCAAACCUUCAUCCAACCUUUAUCAACCUUUAUCAAACCUUAAUCAUACCAUCAUCAAACCUCUAUCGUACCUUCAUCAAACCGUAAUCAAACCUUUAUCGUACCUUCAUCAAACCUUCAUCAAACCUUUAUCAAACCUUAAUCAUACCUUCAUCAUACCGUAAUCAAACCUCUAUCGUACCUUCAUCAAACCUUAAUCAUACCGUCAUCAAACCUCUAUUGUACCUUCAUCAAACCUUCAUCAAACUUUUAUCAAACCUUCAUCAAACUUUUAUCAAACCUUCAUCAAACCAUUAUCAUACUUUCAGGUGCUUCAUCCCUGGAGGGGGGCACACCUGAUGGGCCACGCCCCCUGAGUGGUCCCACCUGAUGGGCCACGCCCCCUGGUGUGACACGUCCCCUGAGUGGUCCCACCUGAUGGGCCACGCCCCCUGGUGGGACACGCCCCCUGGUGGGACACGCCCCCUGGUGGGUCACGCCCCCUGGCGGGCCACGCCCCCUGGUGGGCCACGCCCCCUGGUGGGCCACGCCCCCUGGUGGGCCACGCCCCCUGGUGGGCCACGCCCCCUGGGCUCACACCAGUUUUAAAGGGGACCCCUCCAUGAUAAGCUGGGGCGAUGAGCAGAGUACCCGGCCCAGGCGGUUGGACCUGACGUAGACGCUGGUCGGCAUGGCGACGGUGUUGGCUGUUUGCGGUGAGAACGUCUCCAUGGAGAUGGGCGUGUGAGCGCGUGUGUUUUAUACCAAGUGAUUGUGAGCGAGACUGGAGGCCUGUAGCGUCUCUCUGCCGGUCUCACCGAGUGUGGAACCAGAAUGUUUACUACCAUGCAAAUGUUCUCCUUAUUAUUAAAGAGCUAAACACUG